AGAUGGGAGUCCGAGGAAGCUAAAAGUGUGGGGUUCUAGAAGACAGAGUCGGGGGAACCAAGGGGUUCAGGGAGGGAAGGUGUGAGAGGGGUCAGGCUCAGGGUCAAAGGUCCAAGGGGGCUGCAGGGAAGGGGCGCUCGGGAAGAGAAGUCUUGAGGGGAGUCUAGAGUGGGGAGGAUACAAGGAGACUGAAAAUGGAUGUGUCUGAGGAAGCUUAGAUUGGGGGCACAAGCGUGCUCAGAAUGGGGCGUCUGAAAAGGCUUGAGGCGGGAGGAGGGUCUAUGAGGACCUCGAAUAUUGUUAGAGAGCCGGGCUCGGGAUUGCAGGUCUGAAGUUUUUAGGAUGAGGUCUCAAAUGAAGGUGUUUAAAGGGGGUCUGGGGUGCAGCCCUGGGGGAUAUGCGUGGAGCUCUUAAGAAAGGCUCCCAGUGGAGUCUGAGGCUGUUCUCUGUAGAGGCUUGAGACGGCAGACGUGUAGUUUGAUGGGUAUUUGGUGGACGGAGUCUGGGGGGAGUACUGUGGGUGCUCAUUGUGUCUGGGCAGGGAGCCUACGGGUGCACUGUGUGGCUUUUGAGAUGCUGAGGACAUCUAGGUUUUCGAAACCAAGUGAGUUUCACUAGAGGGCUGAGGAAUGACCGGGUACACGGACUUGAUGUCAAUGGAGGAUCAGGACGCCAGGGUUCCAGCUCUGGAACCAUUCAGGGUGGAGCAGGCACCACCUGUAAUCUACUAUGUCCCUGACUUCAUCUCCAAGGAAGAGGAGGAGUAUUUGCUUCGACAGGUGACCUGUUUAUCCCCUCUUCCCAGAACCUCUUCAACCCCCAGUUCUCGUAGGAGAGCCCGAAAGGUCACAGUCUUCAAUGCCCCAAAACCAAAGUGGACCCAGCUCUCCGGGAGGAAGUUACAGAACUGGGCACCCCAUUUCCCUCCCCCAGGUGGGCUCCCCCAUCCCCGGGGGAUGGUUCCUGAGCGGCUGCCACCGUGGCUCCAGCGUUACGUGGACAAAGUGUCUGACCUCAGCCUUUUUGGGGGUCUCCCAGCCAACCACGUCCUUGUGAACCAGUAUCUGCCUGGGGAGGGCAUCAUGCCCCACGAGGAUGGGCCACUGUACUACCCGACUGUCAGCACCAUCAGCUUGGGCUCCCACACCAUGCUGGACCUCUACGAGCCUCGGCAGCCAGAGGACGAUGACCCUACAGAGCAGCCCCGGCCCCCGCCCCGGCCGGCCACCUCGCUGUUGCUUGAACCGCGCAGCCUGCUGGUGCUCCGUGGCACCGCCUACACGCGCCUCCUCCACGGCAUCGCAGCCGCCAGCGUAGACGCGCUCGACGCCGCCUCCCUGCCGCGCAACGCAGCCGCUUGCCCCUCGGCGCAAGCUGGAGCCCGCUUGGUCCGCGGCACCCGCGUCUCGCUGACCAUCCGCCGCGUACCCCGCGUGCUGCGCGCUGGCCUCCUGCUCAGCAAGUGACGCCAG